CAGUCAGCUGUGUGACGCUAUAAAAUAAUAAAGAUAAGUGAGGUGCAGUCGUUAAACGUAUGAUUCUACAGAGAUUUAAUGAUGAGCGGACGGGGCGAGUGAUGUAGUUUUACAACAGUUGAUUGCAGUUCCACACGAUUCAUCACUACUAUCAUGCCAAUUUGUGGAUUAAAACUCUCGCUCUUUGGAAUCAUCGUUUCCAUUUGGGGAAUCGCUCAGUUGUUCAUAAUGGGCCUUCUGUACCAAGAACGCUCCGUAGCAUUAAUUCACGACCUUCCAAAGGCGAUUCAUGACAAAGUAUACAGCAGAGCAGAAGAAUUCUACGCCGAAUUCGACCGCCUUUUCGAUGAUUACACCUCCCAGUGUUGGAUCGCUGUCUGCUUGUACAUGGUAACGUUAUUUUUUUCCUGCUACCAGUAUUACGCCAACAGCCGUCUUAUUGUUAGCAGUGGAAACUGAUCAACCAUAGUGAUUCGAAAAAAUACAUUUAAACUGGUUGGGUGCCAUGCAUAAAUGACGUAGCAUUUUGGGGGGUAGGAAGGGUAUACCAAAUUUGUGACGAAGUGUG